AUGGACGCAAUAUUCAGAUCCUUCGAGCCUUUCGUGCGCAUUCUCAACGAGACGUCACUUGUUGGUGCGCAGAUGUGGUGUUUGUGGGGUGUAAACCACGUGCUUUCUCAUAGUGACGCCAAUUCUGUUUCUAUGGGAUACAUGACAAUGCUCAUGGAAUCUGAUUUGCUUGAACAUUGCAUCCGCCUGUCGAAGAACACAACCGUCGAUGAAGGUGUGCGGGCGCUUGCCAUUCAGAUUGAAAUCAGAUGGCUGGAACGUGCUGUUCAUGGUAUGCGAGUCGACGCAGCCCUCACUGAUCAGCACUUCGAACAAAUUGUUCCAGAAAAGGACGUAAACACUCCGAAUUCACUGGUUCCCGAUCAACGUAUUCGAAGGUCCGAGCGGACAGGUGUGUAA